AUGAUCAUAUGUGACGCCUUCCCUGUUCGUAUACUACACAAUUACAUGGGUGGGGAUAAGGAGGGACUUGUAAGAAAGACUAAAAAGAGGAGUCCCCUCACCUGGUCACGGCAUUUUCCCGACGCUAGAGGGUCCCGCCAGAGCCCCAUAGAUAUCAACCCAGAAGCUUCCCAGUAUGAUGAGGCUUUAUCUGAAAGUCCAAUCAUCGUCAACUAUUUACCCAUUGCCGGCGGACCCCUUGGGGGUUAUGAGUACCAGCUUACACAGUUCCAUUUGCACUGGGGGCCGGACGACACGAGUGGCAGUGAGCACACGUACAAAGGGAAGAAAUACCCCACUGAAAUCCACUUUGUGCACUACAACAAGGAGUUGUACGCUACAUUUGAAGAGGGAGUGGGUGCACCGGACGGCUUAGCCGUAAUUGGAAUUUUUGUUGAGACCAACAACAAGAAAAACCAAAGUUUUGAGCCGCUAUCAUUCGCCUCUAUGUUCAUAAAAAGAAAGAACAAAACUUGGAAAACGGGAGAAGACUUCAACCCUGCAAGCCUUUUACCUGACACAUUGACAAACUACUGGACUUAUAAUGGAUCCUUGACUACCCCCCCCCCCCUUUGUGAAAAAGUCAGGUGGAUCAUCCCUCAACUACGUAUCUCAGUCACAUCUGAUCAGCUCCAGCCAUUCAGAAAAAUUUGCUCAGAUGUACACGGUCGUCACGUAAUUACAAAUAAUUACAGAGAGCCGCUACCACUAUUUGGUAGAAAAAUUUCAGCAUCUUUCAAGUACUGGGAGGAUGCUGAAGAUGCUGAGGAUGCGUGA